AUGGAUGAGUCUAAUAUACAAAUGAAAUCACCGCACGUGGAAAAUAGCUGCUCAUUGAUAACCAAAUUGAAUAAUUCUGUUUGUACUAAUACCAGUUCUUAUGAAGAAACUUCCCCUGAAAACUGCUCAGUAGAUCAUGAAGCAGAUUUGAAGCACUCCAGAGAGGACAGUUUGAUGCAUGAAGAAGAACAACUUCAUGAUGAGGAAAAGACAGGCAGUGACGCCUUGCAACAAGCUGGAGAAGUACUUGGCCAGAGUGCUCAAAGUGCAAUGGAUGUUGAAGUUCUUUGCAUGGAUCAUUUAAGAAAAAGUAGUGAACUAGAGACUCCUCUUCUGAAGCUGCAACUCUAUGACCAUGGUGGUUCUAAUCAUUCUGCAAAAGUAUUGCCAGCCAAUGGUUUUACAGGUGAAAGGGGAACUGGGAGGUCUGCAAAGAAACCUGAUAAAGGAGGCAUCCAAACGUGGGAAGGUCCGAGAAAUACUGAAAAAGCUAUCUUCCAUGCUUUAAGCACUUGGGGAAAUGGCUUGCUUUCCAGUGAGCAAGGUGUCUACAUUGCAGAGUCUGUAGCUGCUAAGAACAUAAAAGAAGCGGAGAGACGGUUUCGGAUGCCAUGGUACCAAUCAGACCAUGGAGGUUCUAAUCAUUCUGCAAAACUAGAGCCAGCCAAUGGUUGUACAGGUGAAAGGGAAACUGGGAAGUCCGCAAAGAAACCUGGUGAGUUAUUGUUGCAUCUGUUUUUCCACUGGAAAUUUCUUCCAUGCUUUAAGCACUUGGGGAAAUGGCCAUAG